AUGAGCAAAUUAUAAAAAGAGAAACCUUUUUAUAUUAACAUUCUUACAUUGCUGAAAUUUAUCUUAAUGAUGAUAUUGUGGACUGAAACUGAUUAUGAUUUUGUAUAUGGAAAUCAAAUGGAUUAGAGAAGUUAUAGUUUAGAAGUAUAUGGGUUGAUGAUCUUUUUUGUUAUUGCAAUAGAAUCAUAGAUUGUUAAAACUAUUGCAAUUAUAUUUUCAUUAUUUUACACAUUAUUAAGGUAAUUAAAAUAAAUUUAGAUAGACAACCUUAAUUCAAAAACCAUAUUGAAAUUAUAGGUUCAACCAAAAUCAUUUUAGUUCAUAUUUUCAUUUAACUAUUUUAUAUCUAUCACUUAUAUUCAAUACCUAAAAUAAACAUAGAUUAAAUAUCACGAAAUCAAUCUCCUUUAUUAUCAUAACGAGUAGGUUUAACAAUUACUUAAAGAGAAAAUACAGAUACUUAGAAUAAAAAAAUAAAUAUCUAAGAAGUGGUUGUGUAAGAGUUAGAUAAUUAAAAAGUAAUAUCACAUUAAGAAGAAGUAUUUGAAGUCUUAUUAAUGGGAUUUUAAUGUGGUAUUUAUAUACUAGAAACUACAAAAUAACCAGUUAGUAUUAUUAAUUCAUUUAUGUCUCAUAUUGUUUUAAUUGAUGAAUAACUUAAUAGUGAAUUAAUUUAAUUAGAACUAUAUGAUUUUGGCAUGAUGCAAGAUAAUUAAAAUUAUACAAUUUUACCUAGUUUUCAUAGAAGCAAAGAUAUUAGUCAUUUUGUUGCAUUUACAUAAACAUUAGAGUAUGCAUAUAUUCUUAUUAUUGGACUUAGAAUAUUUAUUUUGAAAAUAUACCAAAUAUAGAGAAAAAAGAAGUCUAAUUAUUUUAUAGAAAGAUGCAAAUGAAAACAUUAAUUGAACACUUAUUAGCAUUUUCUCAUAUUAAAUUUGCUUUAAUUAAAUAGACUUUAGAUUUCUCAUUAAAAAUUUACUUAAAAAAAGGUAUAAUAAAUUAAUUUAAUUAAGAUAAAUUGUAUACAUAAGUAAUUCUUAAUCCAGUUAUUAUUGCCAACAAACCACAAAUUGCAAUAUAUAUAUAAGAUCUUACAGAAGAACCAUUUAUUUUAUAAUUAUAACAAUAUAUCAAAAAUGGAGAUGAAUUAAUUCAAACCAUAUCUCAAAAAAUAAAAGAACCUUUAAAUUGCACUUUAUCUAUGUUAGAAUUAGUCCAAGUAUGAUAUAAUAUUAUUAAUUCUAAAAAAGAAAGAAGUUAAUCAAGAGUUGUAAACUAAAUAUAUAGAUCCUGCUCUGGCUGGUUGUAAAUUAUUAAUUAGCACUGCUAGUGACAUUUAAGAUUAUGUUACUUUACAUAAAAAUAAUAAAUUAGAAAAAAAUUUAAUGGAUAUACACACAAAAGAAUUUAUUUCUGAUUGUUUAAAUAUCAUUAAAUCUUAAGCAUUGUUUAGAGGUUUAAGUAUUUAAGUGAAUAUUAAACAAAAUGUACCAAUAUUCUUAAAAACAGAUCCAAAUCGUUUAAGAUAAAUAAUACUAAAUUUAUUAGGUAAUAUUUUAUAUAACUGACAGUUAAGUCAAUUUAAUUAACCAUUAAUGGAUUUAUUGAAAUAGGAUGCCAAAAAUCACCUUUGUUAGCAGAUCAUAUUGAAAUUCUAAUUAAAGUUAUGGCUUAAAAUGUAAAUGAAAGUAUCUUAGAAUCUAUUGAAUUGACAUUAAAAUAUCUUAAAUAAUAGACUUUACUUAAUCCUUAAGUGAUUGAUUUAGUUGCUACAUCAAAAUAAUUUUGUUUUUCCAUCAUAACUGCAUUUUAUAUAUCAUUAGCAAUAGCAAUUAUGCCAUUUGAAUUUAAUAUGAUUAAAACAGAUGAUGGCACUUAAUUUUAUUUUGUUCUAUUAAUUAAAAAUGAAAAUCCUAAUUUUAGUUAAUAAUUAUCUUAAAAAAGAUAAUCUGCUCUAAUUGCAAAUAAAUAAUAAUUUUAAUAAGUUUUUGGUUAAAAUAAUUUAUAUAGAAGACAUUAAUCAUAAAGACUUACAGAAAUUAGUAGAUUAUAAAUAUAAUAAAAAUUAGAAAAAAUUAAAAGAGAAUCAUAAAUUGAAACUACUUUAGAUAUGAGAGAAUCUAUUUUACCAUAAUUUGGUUAAUCAGAUAAUUCAGAUUUAUAAUAACCAAAAAAAUCAUAUUCUGUUUCAUAAAUUUCAGAAUAAGAUGACUCUAAAAGUUCUUCUCAUGAUUCCAAAAAUGAAUUUAAUGAUCAUGAUUAAUUUGAAGUUGAAAUUUAUUCUAGUAAAUCAAGUCUUUAUCUUAAUGAUAAAAUUGAGAAAAUUGAAAAGUAAUAAUAACCAUAAUAAUUUUUUGAUACUAUUUUAUAAGAUAAAGAACCUAGAGCCAGAAAAAUAUCAGUUAGUAUGAUAUAGACUAGAUUAAAUUAAUAAAUUUAAUAAUAACUAUCAUCAAAUUAAAGAGAUUCACUAUUAACUUUUGGGGGUAGAUCUUCUGUUUAUUCAUCAAUGAGGGUUUCUUCUAUUAAUUUGGGUCCAAAUGAAUUAUUAGAUUGUUUUGAAAAAAUGGAAAGAGUUAAAAAUCAAUAAUUUAUUUAUAAAUGUUAAGUAAAUUUAAAUAAUUUAUUUUAAAGUGUCCAAAAAUUUUGAUUUGUGAAUAAAAUGACUUUGAUUUAUAUGCAAUUUCUCAUUAAUUGAGUAAUUUGAAAAUACCUUAUGUCUAUACUAUGUAAAGAAUCCAUAUAGUUGAAUUAUUGAGAAAGCAAUUCUCUUAAUUUAAAACUUGUUGUAAAGGCUAUCAUAUAGUUUUUAUUGGAGUUGAAUAUGUCAAUGAAUAAUUAGCUGCUGAUUGUACUAAAAUCAAAGCAGUCCUAUAAGAAUUUCAGAAAGAUACAAUAAUUAUUGGAUUAAUUGGAUUCUAAGGGGAAGAUUUUAAAGCAAACAUCAAAAAGCUGCCAUUCCAUGACUGCUUGUCUAAGCCUAUCAUGAUUGACGCUUUACUAUUUAUUAUAGCCAAAUGGGUAAGAUUGUGA